UUUGGGUAAGGCAACAACAACGUAACGUCUUGUACUCUCUAAUUAUACAACACUUUUGUUUUUAAUUAUACAACUUUUUUGAUGAACACAAAAAACCUAACUGACCGAGCAUGUGUCCUGCAACGUACGUACCGAAUUUUAAACCAAUUAAUAAUAACGUUCAGAAAUUAGAAAACGACAUUUGAAAUCCCAAAAAAUAUAAAACCAAAUAAAAAUAAAAACCAGAAAAAAAAAGAACUAGGAAAAAAAAAAGUGAAAGAUCUGUGAUGCCCAAACUAUUCGUUAUACACGCGCCAAAGUCUGCGUCUGAAAUCACUCGCUUUCUCUUUCGUUACCGACUUUUAUAUCUGCUUCUCUUUAUAUCUUCUCUCCACUAUAAAAUCUCGUGUUUCCCCUUCUUCCGAUUCUGUACCCAUAUCUCACGCUUAAUUACAGUAUUGCCACUCAUUAAAACCGUACCAUCUUAACCAAAGCGAUAACCCGUACCACCGGUUCAGCUAUGGAGGAUUUAUUGGAGGAGAGGCUAACUCGGACUGACUCUGUCGGGAAUAAACGAGUCAGAGACGGGUUAGACCUCGACUCGCCGGACGUGAAGCGGUUAAGAGAUGAUUUGUUCGAUGACUCGGGGCUUGACCCAGUGAGUCAAGAUCUUGACUCGGUGAUGAAGAGUUUCGAGAAUGAGUUAUCGACAACGACGGCGGCGCUAAGCUCCGGUGAAACUCAGCCGGAUCUUGGAUACCUUUUCGAAGCUUCUGAUGACGAGCUGGGUUUGCCACCGCCGCUUACGCCACCGCAAACGCUUCUUCCUCCGUCGUGUGAGGAAACGGUGACGGAAUUGGUACGAGCCUCGUCGGAUUCAUCAGAGGUUGGAGAGUUAUGUGGGUUUGAGGAUCAUGUUACGGAGUUCGGACCUUGCGAUCUUGGUGAUGAUGGGCUUUUCGAAUAUUUCGAUGGGUGUUUAGAUUCCGGCGAUUUGUUUUCAUGGCGGCCGGAGUUUUUACCGGCGGAGUAACAACAUACCGGACCUUUUUAAAAAAGCGGGCUACGAACGGUGACGUUUUGUUAAGCGUUUUGCCUCGCUUUUUCUUUUUUCUUUUUUUUCCCUCUAUUAUUGGAUAAUAGGUAUUAGGAUCUAUAUAUUUUGUUAAGUUAUUAGGAUUAGAAAAAUCAAAAUGUUUUUAGUAGGAGUAAGUGGUUUAGAUUAGUUUGUAAGAACUUUUUUCUCUUCAGGAACUGUUAAUCUUUAAUCGCCUUUAUCAUUUCGUUAGCUUUUGUGUUAAUGUUACAAUCUUAUAUGAUCAUGGAUGUAUUCGGUAUUCCAGAGAUCAGAAUUAUUAAAAAGAUUUUCAUAUCAGAAUCUGAAAUUAUUGUU